AAAGUCAAAUAUUUAAUUCCUACAGAACUUUUCUCUAGGUGUUUUUAAAGCAAAUAUAAAUAACAGUUCGUGGUAAAAUUCGUGUAUAUAGUAUAAGCAUUUGUAUGUUAUAAUUAUUAAGUGUAACAAAAAUAAUUCUGUGUUAAGUAAUGUCGAUAACAACAUUGUAUUAUGUACAAUUGAAAAAAGAAAAUGCUCACGAAGAUUCAAUCUGGUGUUGUGCGUGGGGUCGUAUAAAAAAUGAAAAAAAGAAAGAAACGGAAGAAAACGCCGAACCAAAUGAACAUUCACAAGACUCUGGAGAUGGCACUGAGGUGACCUAUGAUGAUUACAUUAUAACUGGAGGGCUGGAUGAUAUAAUCAAAGUGUGGAAAUUAGUGGAUGGAAAGCUGGAAUUAAGACACCAACUUGAAGGACAUUCAUUAGGUGUAAUAUCAGUGGCAAUAAGUCCUGAUGGCAAAACUCUAGCUAGCAGUUCACAAGACUCAUCUUUAAUAUUAUGGGAUAUUGUUAAUGGUGAAAAAUUAAAAACGUUAGAAACUGGACCUGCUGAUAUAUGGACUUUAGAUUUCUCCCCAGAUGGGAAAAAUGUUAUUACCGGUACAAAUUCAGGGAAAAUAUUAAUAUUGAAUAUUGAGAAUGGUAACCAAGAACAAGUUUUAGACACAAGAGGAAGGUUCACACUUAGUUUGGCUUAUAGUCCAGAUGGUAAAUACAUUGCAAGUGGAGCAUUAGACGGUAUUAUAAAUAUAUUUGAUGUAGCUCAGAGCAAACUUGCUCACACACUAGAGGGCCAUGCAAUGUCCAUUCGCAGUUUAUGCUUCUCUCCGGAUUCACAAUUACUGCUGACGGCCUCCGAUGAUGGCCAAAUGAAGAUUUACGAUGUUGUUCACGCUAAUUUGGCAGCGACUCUAUCCGGGCAUGCGUCAUGGGUAUUAUCUGUGGACUUCUCUCGAGAUGGUAAAAGGUUUGUCUCUGGCAGCUCGGACCGGACUGUCAGAGUUUGGGAUUUAGAAACUAUGCAGUGUCAAAAUGUGUUCAAAGAGCAUACGGAUCAGGUUUGGGGAGUAAAGUUUAAUGCAGACAGCAAUAAAAUAGUUUCUGUAUCAGAAGAUAAAAGUAUAAAUAUUUAUGACUGUCCUUUAUAGAAAUCUAAAUAAAUAUAUACACGAUUC